UCAGUCGACCUCCUCCACAACGGGCACGGCAGCAGCACCGGCAGAAGCCCUCUGCUGACGCUGGCCAGGCCUCUCGGGCGACGGCGAACUCCCACUCGCAGACCCACCUGCCGUCAAGUUGAUGAUGUCCCCAUCGCUACUCUCCUCACCACCACCACCACCAUGCAGCCCCCCAUGUCCACCACCACUGGGCUGCUCCCCGCCCUCCUCCUCAUCGCCCGAUGGCAGCUCCUCUAUCCUGGGGUGCGGCACGCCCCCCUUGCUGUCAAUGUAGUUGUUGACCAGCAGGCUAUCAAAAAUGGGGUGCGACAUACGGGGGGGAGACGACGGCGCAUUGACAUCGGCAUGUGCUGCUGCUGCUGCUGCAGAAGCUUCUGCAGCAGCGGACGAGUUGGACGGAUUGGCCGGGGCGGCGAAUGAGCUGUCGCCGUUGACUCUGGGGUGUGGGUGCGAAGGUGCUUGUGCCGCGCUGGAUGACGCUGAGGGAUCCGGGACGCCAUUGGCCACCCCGCCAAGCAACGUGCCGUUGGUCCCCUCCCCCUGCUGACCCCCUGGCUGCGAUCGACGGUACACUCUGCGAUGCCCACCACCGCCUCCACCGCCACUAAACCCGCCCCACAUGCCAGCAGGGUCCCGCAGGUCGACCCCAAUCUCGAAUGAGCCCGAGUGCUUGACCUGCCGCAGCCCGGCCCCAAAUGACGACCCGGCGAGAAUGUCCGGACCCUCAGCAGCAGAGGAUGAGGGGGGCGAGGGGGCGUGAGCGUGUGUGUGGAUGCGCUUGGAGCGCCGGUCUGCCUCGUCGUCGGCGUACUCGGCCUUGCGUGAGUCGGCGCGCUCCAUGGUGGGCGGCAAGGGCGAGGGCUGGAGGGAAGAGGGCGACUGGAAGGCGCCUGAGCCCUCGGUGGCUGUGUGUUCGUGCUCAUCUGACUGGUCUGAGUCGUCCUCCCACUCCUCCUCCUCCUCCUCAUCGCCUCGGCCCUCCUCUCCGUCGGCAUCGUCACUCUCGUCCUGCUCGUCAUCCUGACAGCCAUCCAAUCCAACACACCACAUCACAUCACACACAGCACACGUGACGCUCGUCCACUGUGCGUGUUGUCAUAUGAACGACAUCAGACCUCAUCUCAUCUCACCGCAUCGCCGUCCUCCUCCUCGCCCUCCCCCUCGUCCCCCCCGCCAUACGCAGCCACGGCUGCACCGUACUGUCGCCCGCCAGCAUAGCUGCCGAUGACCCAGUCUACGCCGUCACCGUCGUCAAAAAGACCACCGCCAUCACCAACACCAACUCCACCCCUGGGCUGCCCCGGUAUGCGGGCCGGCGGCUGCUCGCGGUCGGCGCGCUGCGUGGCGGCCACUGCUACUGGUCGACGGCCACGCGUGAAGGGCGCCGCGUCGUCGGCCGAUAGGGUGUCCUCGUGAGCCUCGUGCAUCGGCGGGGAGGGCUCCACGUCGCGACCGCCUCGAUAGGACAUGCCGAGCCCAUGAGACGGCCCCGGCUGGCCCUGAUGGAUGGAUCGACGCGACGCACACAAGACAUGCAUGAAUGAAUGAAUGCAGACAGCGAGAGGGAUGGAUGUAUCGGUGCCUGACUGACUUACCGCCAGCCGCUGGAAGUCGCCAGGGUAGAUGGUAGCGAAGGGUGAUGCGGGGUGCAGUCCCAUGGCCUCGGUCAUGUCGGCAAACGUGGUGCCGAGGCCACCGCCGAACGCAGCCAUGCCGCCAAAAUGCGAUGACGAGGCACCCAGGGGGCCUUGCGAGUCCACACUCUCCGCUGGAAGCAGGCCAUCGGGAUGCCAGGUACUGCACACACCCCACCAAGACAGACACGCACAUGCGUCUCUGUCUGUCAGCUCUCCUUGGGUAUGUAUGUAUGUUUUGUGUCUCCUCACGGGCUCGGUUCUGCCGGGUGAGGGACGGGGUAGGCGGCCUUGGCAGCGGCGUCAUCGCCCGUCAGCCAGGGGUGUGUGAGGAGCCUCCUGGCGUCCCAUCUGUCGUCGGGGUCGAGGCUGAGCAUCGGCAGCAGGAAGGACGACAGCGCGUCGGCCCCCUCAGAGGAGAAGUUGUACUUGCGCCGGAGAAUGGACGGCAGGUUCCAGUAGGACAGCUCGCUGAUGUGACGGAGGCGGAUGCGCCCCGUGCCGUCACGGCCCUCCCUCUGCAGGUACCGGUGGGCCUUGUUGCCCUGGCACAGCUUGUCGGGGAAGUGUCCGAGUAGCUCCUCGCAGAGGGCGAGGUGGUCCUCGUCGCGGAGGAUCUCCUUGUCCUGGGCGUCGACGGGGUGGGGCUCGUUGCACUUGGGGUCGAACAGGUAGUCGCCCGUGCACAGCUCGAAGAUCAUGCACGCCAGAGACCAAAUGUCCGCAGACGGGCCGUAGCCGAUGCCCAAAAUCACCUGCAGGCAACGGACGGAGAGAGGGGAUACACGCAUGUGGCUGUGGCGUGUGGCUAUCGCGUCCAUCUCUCUCCCUCACCUCUGGCGAUCUGUAUUGUCUGGUUUGGAUGUCCUCCGAGAAGUGUUGGUUGAUCCAGCAUGCGUUGCCGAGGUCGACGAUCUUGUACUCGGCGUCGUGCCGCUCGAAGAUCUCGGCGCUGCUGGGCUUGAUGAGCGACGCCAGCCGCUGAUGCCACUCCUCCUCCGUCAGCCCAGGCGCCACCUCAAACCGCCCCGAGCGGAGGUAGGACGACACGCGGGGCCCGCCCACAUGCAGCCCCUGCUGGCCCACCAGUGGGUGGCCAUACUCGUCCACACCCACAUUCAGAAACUCCUCGGGAAUCUCCUCGCCCUGCCCGCCACCUUGGCCGGUGCCCGACGUGGCCGGCCUGUAGCUGUCGACCAUCUCCUUCUCAUGUCGGUCGAAGGCCUUGUCCCGGACACGCCUCCCCAGGGCCGAGAAGUAGUUGUACAGCCGCCGCUCCUUCUGGAUGACCGCCUCACGGCUGCUCAUGUAGCUGCUCAGCAGGGACGGGUCGCUCGCACUCGGCUUGAGCUGGUGCUCCACAAACGGAGGGUGGCCCACGGGCGGCACCAAAUCCCUGCUCGAUGCCGAAGGGGCCACGCCAGACGAUGCAGCGGCAGCGGCAGCGGCAGCGGCAGCGACAGCAGCACCGCCGUGGCCCGGGCGAGAGGGAGCCUUGGCAGAUGAGGACGCCUCGGACGGCUGCUGUGGUUGCUGGUGCUGGGGCUGCUGCUUGGAUGGCUUGCUCGCCGGCUUGGGUGCGGGUUGGGGCUUGUCACUCGCUGCCGCGGAUGCCGCUGCUGCUGCCGCCGCCACAGGUGCAGGCUGGUCGUCGGCCGGUGCUGGUGCUGGUGCUGGUGCUGAUGGCUCAGAGGGCGGCUGUGCGUCGGGGUUUGCCGCCACCUGUGGUGUGUCGUGUUUCCCCCCCUUCUUUUUCUUCUUUUUCUUGUUUUUCUUCUUCUUGGCCUUCUGCGGCGUGUUGUCCUCGGCCGUGGGGGGCGCGCUGCCCGUCUUGGAGGGCGUGCUCUCCACACCACCACCACCACCAGGGCCCUCCUCCUCGUCAUCGUCGUCAUCACCGUCGUCAUCCUGAUCGCCAUCCUCCCUCUCACACGGAACCGUCGAAGACCCAACAGCUGCUGCUGCAGCAGGUGGGCCACCACCUUCCCCGCCAGCCUCGCCAGCUUCGCCGUCCUCAUCGUUGUGCUCCUCGUCCUCCUGGAUGGUGGCGAGGCUCUGCUGAUCCUUGCCCUGCUCGGCCUUGGCGAUCUGCUUGCGGAUCUUCUUGCGCUGCUUCUUGCGGGCAUUCUUGGUCAGACCGGAGUCAUGCUCGUAGGUCGCCUGCAGACGCUCUGUGAGGGUGCGCUCGGCCUUGGGGGACGGGACGGCGUGCCGGGGGCGACACACGGGCAGCUGCAGCUGAGGGAUCGACACUAAGACGUUCUCGGGCUUCAGAUCUGACACACAGACAGGCAGGGAGAGGCAGAGAGGGAGACGACAUGUGUGGAGUGAGUGGGUGAGCGGGUGGAUGGAUGAGUGUGUCCGUGUGUGUCUGACGAUUGACGUGUGUGCGCACCGGUGUGAAUGAUGCCGCAUUCUCUGUGGAGGUAGUCCAGCCCCAGCAACACAUGGGUAGCGAUCUUACGCACAAGGCGAAUCGGAAUGCCUGAACACACACAACACACACACACACAACACACACACACACACACAACACACACACACAACACACACACACAACACACACACGUGGAUAAGUCCGCCGACACUCACUUCCCCCAUAUGUCUGUCUGUCUGACGACGUACCUUUGAAGUUGUACUUCUUGAUGAGUGUGAGCAGGUUGGGCCCCAUGACUUCAAACACCAUGCACACGUGCACCCCAUUGGGCCCCCUAUGGCGGAAAUCGCCCUCGAAGCGCACCACCCCGGUCGGCCGUCGCUCAGGGCGGGGCGCGAUGCUGUCGGGCGAGUCGGUGAGGUGCCUCAUCGGACGGGUGGGCGACGGCGAGGGUGAGGUGGAGGGGUAUGAGAGCGACUCCUGCGGCACACUGGGGAGAUCGAGGUCGGGGAUCUGCGCCCUGAGGCUGUCGAAGUACUCGACCCAUGGCGGCUUGUCCUCCUGCUCCAGCACGCGCUUGAGCAGCUUGAUCUCGUCCUCGGCGGCCUCGGUGUAGUGGGUGGCGGACUUCUGGAACUUGAGGGCCACGAAGCGCGGCUUGUUGGGCCCGUGGUGGUCGCUGGCCAGCCAGACGGUGCUGAAGUGACCCCAUCCGAGCUUCUGCUCGAUGAAGUACCGCUUCUGGUAGACCUCUCCCAGCUGCACCACGUGGUAGCCGCCCGGCUUGUACCCGUCGGCUCCCUCACUGUCGCUCUGGCUGUAGUCGUCGUCCUCUACUUCACUGCCGUAGGCCUCCUCCUCCUCCUGAGGGACUCGUGCGACACACACACCACAAUCACAUCAUCACAAUCACAUCCCACAUCACAUCACAUGCCCAAGACACACUGUGUCGUGUCGUGUGCUGCUCUGGUCAGGUGUGCUCUGCUCACCCCAUCGUCGUCAUCGUCGUCGUCGUCGGCUUCGUCGUCAUUGAUGAGGAGCUGCUGACCGCCGGGGAAGCCACCAAACUGACCAGAGGUAUCGCCUAUGGUGGGGAAGACGUCAUAGCCAGGGGUGAGGCCGCCGUGAGCAGCGGGGAAGUAGGCGCCCAGGCCGCCUGCCUGCACCGCCAUGUUGCCAGGUGAGGAGGAGGGCGGCAGGUCGCCGAGGUCAUCCUCGAUGUCCUCGAUGUAGUCGGUCACGCCUCCGUUGUGAUUGUGACUCAUCCUCGAUAAACCAUCACCCAAGCUGGUGCUAUACUGAAGCCUGCUCUAAGGACAGACAGCUCGAUGCCCAACGAGCACAACAGGACCGCAGCGGACCGAAGAUGUGCUGGAUGAGGGGAACUUCAGCCAGCUGCUUCAGCCUCUAGGCGGAUGCGAUGGCCCUGACAUGCGAUUACCGCAGAAGCUCC